AUGAUGGAGCUUUCUGUUUUGGGACUGAUUAUCGUACUCCUAUAUCGUGCGAAUUUGUCACACGCUUUUAUUGAAAACGGAUGGAUGCGCGCCUUUCGUUAUACAUUCGACCAGAGGCUUUCUCAAGCUAAUUGCUGCAAAAAUGGCUUCUGCCUUUCUCCACAAUGGAAACGCUGUCGUCGCGCCUCGCACACCGAACGUGAGGUGAUUGACCUUUGGGCGAGUACGAAUCCUUAUGAGGUCUUGGGUGUCGGAGAGCAGGCCACCAUGGAAGAAAUACGAUCUGCCUACUACACCCAAUCGAAACGAUUUCAUCCAGAUCGAGCUCACGCGAGCAAGUCUGAGGAAGCGAGCGCAGAAAGUUUCCAGAAGGUUUCGGCCGCGUACAGUCUUCUCAUCGACCCGGAAUCCCGGCGUCUUUACGACCGCAUACAGGAAAGGCAACGUGGACUUCGGAACAGAUUUUAUGAUAUCCCGAUAAAUCCAGCGAUGGACAGGAAUCCAGACAAUGAGUUCGCGCGUGCCAGCGAAAUUUUUCAUUCCCGACGUCCGCCAUCGGCCCGAAGCUAUCAGUAUCACGAAAAUCCAACGCCCUCUUCCAGUCCGUUUAGAUCUUCGUCCACUCGGCUCACAACUAAUUUACCCACUACCCAAAACAUUUGGAAUGGAACUGAUAGUUGGAAUUUCGCACGCUGUAUUCGGUGGUUUGUCUGCCUUCUGGUUGGAAUUACGACAGUGUAUUGUACACCGGAUAUAUGGGGUGAGAACUGAGGUAGUCAUAGACAGCACUACCAAUUCCCAUGAUAGUUUCCCUUUGUAAAAAAAGUCUUUCAGAUGAAAAUAAUUGUCUUCUCUUUGUGGUAUUUCAAUCUUAUCCAUCAAUUUUGGUGGGCCUCUCGUCUAUCUAUAUGUCAGUGCUCCUAUCUUUGCAUUGUAUCAGGAAUAUCCACAUGUGCACAUGAAUUUCAAAUGACCGCUGCCCGUGAUUUCUGUUCAUUAUUGUAAGUUUGCGAUUUGUUAGCCAGGAGAACCAGUAAG